UACAUACACCGUCGUCUACUCUGGCUGCUCCUUCCACGAGCCCUCUCAUAUGAUAAGUCAACUCUUUCUUAGUACCGUGUCUCGCGUCACACCUGAUUACACCUUCUCAACUAUGUUUCCAUCUUCUUUGAGGAAAUAUUUCGUUUUUUUUUCUCUUUUAUUAUUAAAAUCGAAGAACCUAUAUAUAUAUAUAACAUCAUAUCUCAGACCAAUAUAUAAGUUUAAGGAAAAAAUAAAAACUCUCAGACAAAGUUCAUCGAAUUUUUCGAAGACGACGACGACGAAUUUUUUAUAUUCUCUUCUUUGAGAUAUUGAAGUCUCGGAGAGUGUGUGAUAUUGUUUCUGGUCAACUUAACCAGUUAUUUCAGAACAUGGCUAACAGAGCAGACAACUCAAUACGUUGUUCAAAUAGUAAGAAACCGAAUGACGGUAUGAUGCUCAUUAUAGCGAUUUUCGCAGGAAUAGUUAUCGGAUUUUUAUUAGGAAUAUCUUUCCCUACCUUGUCACUAACUAAGAUGAAUUUUCCAUCAAGCAUACUUCCUUCUGUUGCUACUGUUUAUAUAGAAGAUGAGAAACCGGAGAAGUCACCUAUGAGGAGUCCAAAAAAUGAGUAUAAUUCAAGUGGUGCAGCACAUCAUAAGAUUUGGGUUCCAUCGAAUCCUCGAGGUGCAGAGAUGUUGCCACCAAGUUUUGUUGCAGCCGAAUCAGAUCUUUACUUACGAAGACUAUGGGGAUUGCCUAAAGAUGAUUUACCAGUUGUGAAGCCUAAGUAUCUUGUUGCUUUUACUGUUUCUUAUGAACAGAGAAAAAACAUUGAUGCUUGCAUCAAAAAAUUCUCAGAUAACUUCACUAUUGUUCUGUUUCAUUACGAUGGCAAAACAUCGGAAUAUGACGAAUUUGAAUGGUCUAAACGCGCCAUACAUGUGAGCGUACCUAAGCAAACCAAGUGGUGGUAUGCUAAAAGGUUUCUGCAUCCUGAUAUCAUAGCUCCGUAUGAAUAUAUAUUCAUUUGGGAUGAAGAUCUUGGUGUUGAAAAUUUUGACGCAGAAGAAUACAUCAAGGUAGUAAAGAAACAUGGUCUAGAAAUAUCGCAACCCGCUGUGGAAUCAAGAAAACCAAUUACAUGGAAGAUAACAAAGAGAAUACCCGGAAUUGAAGUUCAUAAAGAAGUGGAAGAGAAACCAGGCCGCUGCAAGAAUCCUCACCUACCUCCUUGUGCAGGGUUUAUAGAGAUCAUGGCUCCAGUUUUCUCAAGAGAUUCAUGGCGCUGCGUGUGGCACAUGUUACAGAAUGACUUGGUUCACGGUUGGGGUCUUGACUUCGCGCUAAGAAAAUGUGUCGAGCCUGCACAUGAGAAGAUUGGUGUUGUGGAUUCUCAAUGGAUCAUUCAUCAAAAGAUUCCUUCUUUAACCGGCCAGGGAAUUGCACAAGAGGGGAAAACCGCGUUCCAAGGGGUAAGAGAGAGAUGUAAAAGGGAAUGGACAAUGUUUCAGAAACGAUUGACACGGUCAGAGCAGAAGUAUCUGAAAGAAAUUGCAUCUGCAUCUUCAAACGCUACACUUACUUAAAUCAAAAGAGUGGAGGAACUAAUCAGAUUAGAAUGUUGAUAUGAUGAUUAUGAUUUUGAUGAACACAAAUCCAAAUGUGUAUACACACACACACACAAUACAUAUUCGUUGCAAAGAACUACUUAGCUCUGUUCUAGAAACACUUUAUAAGUCUUGAAACUGUUAAUGAAGUUCUUUUCAAACUU